AUGGUACUAAUUAAAAAACGUCAAGUUAUUAUUGGUAGUUUAUUAACUUUACUGGUCAUUGUCAUUGCCGUUGGUAUUACUGUUGCCGUUAUUGUUGGCAGUCGAAAAUCUGCAGCAUUAACUAUUGAAAAACAAGCGUAUCAGAUACUUGAAAAUAAUCCCUUAAUUGAUGGACACAAUGAUUGGGCUUUUCUUAUUCGUGAAAAUUUUCAAAAUAAAAUAAAUGAUCUUGAUUUAUACAAUGUGACUCAAUACCAAAUCCAUAAUUAUACUCCAUCACAUACAGAUAUAACACGUUUACGACAAGGGCAAGUUGGAGGACAGUUUUGGUCAAUCUAUACGGAUUGUCAACAUCAAGGAAAGGAUGCACUGCUAAGUUUUUUGGAACAAAUUGAUCUUAUGAAUAGAAUUAUAGCUAAAUAUUCAGAUGUAUUUCAACUGGCUAAAACAGCUGAAGAAGUUCGACAAACAUUUAAUGCUAAACGUAUAGCUAGUUUAUUUGGUAUUGAAGGCGGACAAGCAAUUGAAAGUUCAUUUUCUAUCUUGAGACUUUUUUAUCAAAUGGGUGUACGAUAUAUGACACUAACACAUAACUGCAAUACUCCAUGGGCUGACCAAAACCAAGUCGAUCAAAUAAAUUCAAUAUUUAUAAAAAACAAUAGUUUAACAGAUUUCGGUAAAAAAAUUAUAAGAGAAAUGAAUCGACUUGGAAUGUUAGUUGAUCUAUCACAUGUUUCAAAACAAACAAUGAUAGAUGUACUUAGUGUAACUCAAUCACCAGUUAUAUUUAGUCAUUCAUCAGCUUAUUCAUUAUGUAAUCAUACACGAAAUGUUCAAGAUGAUGUACUUGAAUUAGUCAAAAGAAAUCAAGGUAUAGUAAUGGUUACAUUUUCACCUUACUUUAUCACAUGUGACUCUGCCAAUCUUGGAACAAUUGUUGAUGUUGCAGCACAUAUCAACUAUAUAAGAAAUAUUGCUGGUAUCGACAGUGUGGGUAUUGGUGGCGACUAUGACGGUAUUGAUGAAACACCGAAGGAUCUUGAAGAUGUAUCAAAAUAUCCAAAAUUAAUCGAAUAUUUAUUAUCACAAGGAAAUUGGACACAUGAUGAUAUUAUUAAACUUAUUGGUGGAAAUAUUUUACGAGUUAUGGAAAAAAAUGAACAAAUAGCACAAGAACUUCAAAAGACAAUGAAACCACAGGAAAGUUUAAUCGCUCGUAAUGAAUUAGAAAUACAUAAUAUGACACAAUGUCGUUAUUUGGAUAUGUAUUCAUCAAAUAAAUAA